AUGUCUAUCCUUCUCCCCCUCUAUGUGUACCCAAGUGCAGGCGCGUGGGAUCCGCUGUACGCUGCAGCAAAAGCGCAUAGAAAUGUAGACUUUACCGUCAUCAUCAACCCCUGCUCUGGCCCUUGCAUGGGAUCACUCCCCGACCAAGUGUACCUCGAUGAAGUUCCCAAACUUCGAGCCUACCCAAAUAUCCGCACAUUGGGAUAUGUUGCAACGGACUACACAGAUAAGCCCAUCGAAAGCGUAUUAGCAGAAAUCGACACCUACGCGCGCUGGCCGAAAGUCACAAACAUCACCGGGAUGCGCGUCGACGGAAUCUUUUUGGAUGAGACACCGAGUACUUUUGAUGAAGAUGACUACGCGUAUUUGAAAACGGCAAAACAAGUAAUAAAGAACAGCACAGCAUUCAGUGACCGCUUCAUAGCUCACAACCCCGGUCUGAUACCCACCUCCAUCCUCACCUCGCCCACUGUGCUUCAAGAAUCCUACCUCAACCUCACCGAUCUCACCGUCGUAUUCGAAGAGGCAUUCGACAAAUGGCUUGACCGAGACGUUAUGGUUCCGUUACAAGCACACAAAAUUCGGCGCUCAAAGUUGGCUGUGAUUCUGCAUUCCUUGCCGAAUCUGAGCGAAGAAGUGCUAGACUUUAUGGUACAGCAGGUUGAGAACACAGCGGAUUGGGUUUUCCUGACAGACAGCGCGGAUGACUAUUAUCACAGUUUUAGCGCGAUGUUUGGGGACUUGGUGAAAGCGGUUGACGGAAGUAGUUGA